AUGACUACUGACACCACCACAACCACCACAGACAACGUGUUGUCGAGCUCGGCCCAGCAGCAGCAGCAGCAGCAGCAGCAGCAGCAAAAGGUGGCUUCGUUCGAUGAAAAGACCGGUGGUCUCUCGGACGAGAAACACCUCGAAGACGUCGGAGAGAAUGCAGAUCAAGGCAAUCUCACCUACGACGAUGUCGACGAGGAACCCGAGUUGCACGCCCGCACAUACAUAGCUCUCCUGGCUAUGUUCCUGCUCAAUCUGGUUCAGGUCUUUGCUCUGCAGGGACCUCCGGCAGUGCUUUCCAUCAUCGGCAAGUCCCUGAACAACCCAGACGCCGAAACCUGGGUGCCCAAUUCCCUGUCUCUGGUACAAGCGGUCCUCGGACCGGUCAUCUCAGCCGCUUCGGAUACGUUUCAAGCGAGAAAGUUCAUCCUCGUCGGGUCCUCGAUAAUCUCGUUCGUCGGUGCCGCCAUCGCCCCGGGAUCGAACGACAUCUACCGCCUGAUUGCCGCGCAGACUCUAAUCGGCGUCGGGUUCGCAUCGGUUCCUCUUGCGUACGCCGUACCAAGCGAGAUUUUGCCUAGGAAAUGGAGACCAAUGGCUCAGGCGUGGAUGAACAUCGCAGCGGCCGUGGGUGCCAUCUCUGGUCCGUUGAUCAUCGGCGCUUUCGCUAAAGGAAGCGAAUUCGGCUGGCGCAAGUUCUACUGGAUCCAGAUGGGCCUCUGGGGUCUGACGGCGAUCUGUAUCUUUGUCGGCUACCGACCUCCUAAGCGACACACACGUCUCGACCAUCUGUCGAUCUGGAAGAAGCUAACGCACCUCGACCUCCCCGGCAUUGCGUUGCUGACGAUCGGGCUCUCUCUUUUCUUGACCGGCCUCAACCUGGGCGGCGGUCUCUAUACAUGGACGAAUUCCCGCACCCUCGUCACUCUGGUCCUCGGCAUCGUCAUCUUGAUCGCCUUCGGCCUGUACGAAUGGAAAGGGACUCGGACCGGAGUCCUGCACCACGAUCUUUUCAAAGGAGGCAAGAACAAGGGUCGCACCUUUGCCAUCUGCGUUGGCCUCAUCUUUGUCGAAGGAAUUCUACUGUUUUCCUACAUCGUCUUCUUCCCCGUCAUGUCCUCGAGUCUCUUCGAGUCAGACCCUUUCCUGAUAGUGGCGCGAUCCCAGCCGUACUGGGUGGCUGGCCUCCUCUCUACCCUGGUCUGGGGGUACAGUUCGACCCGUUUCCGCACCAUUCGCGAACCCUUAUUCGUUGGCUUCCUCCUCUUCACCGGAGGUAUCGUCGGCCUCUGCACCAUCGAACCAGGCGACGACUUUAACCAACUUGCCUUUGCUGCCCUGGCCGGGUUCGGCUUUGGCGCGCCUCUCAUUCUCGUCAUCACGGGCGUCCAGCUUAGCACGCCUCAUAGCCUCAUCGCAACCGCCACUGCGGUCACCACGUCUUCCCGAGCCGUCGCCGCCACAGUAUUUACCGCCAUAUACUCUGCGUCCCUGAACACCCGACUCGACACAAAGCUGCCAAACGAUGUCGGUAAGGCUGCGCUCAAGGCAGGGCUACCUGCGACCAGUCUGGCGGCAUUCAUUGGUGCGCUCGCCGGCGGCGAUAAAGCUGCACUAGCCAAGAUCCCAGGAGUGAAUCCUGCCAUCAUCGCAGCUGGUGUUGCGGGGUUGAAACAGGCGUUUGCCGACAGUCUCCGUGUCGUGUACAUCAUCGCCGCGCCGUUCGGUGCGCUGGCGUGUAUUCUGUGCCUGUUCCUAGGAGACAUGCGCAAGACCAUGAACUAUGCUGUCGAUGCCCCCGUGGAGGAUCUGCAUGCAAAGCACCAUCAUCAUCGCGAUGAUACUCAGGAGCAACAGAACGCCUAG